UUAGUACUUAGGUACCUAAGGUAAUGCCCCGCAUGCCCCGCGCUACCUAGGUACCUACCUGGUACCCAUAAUGCAUGGGAUGGAUUGGGCCCAAGCUCCUUCCAAAGUUCCCUCACAAAGCUUCCAAAUAUCUUAUCGAUACCUAACACUUCGUCAUAUUUGGGGGUACUUCUGUACAGCUUCCCUCCGGGCAGUUUCAGUCUUGCGAUAACUUUAUUAUUCUCUUACUUCCAAAACAACAAAAAAAAAAAAGCAAACCAGUUCCCAUUUUCUACAAUAUGUCUUCCGAAUCGCAACCCAUAAAUCCAGCUCGCUUCGCCGAAGCCCUGAAAGACUUAUCCGCUGAGAAUCUUGCUCUUAAAGUCUUAGAGCUGCGCAACUCGAUAGCCCAUCUAGACUAUUCCAAUGCCGAGCUUAAGCCAUAUGCCGAAGGGCGAGCGCCGACCCUAGAUCAGCAGGGCGAUACUGCACAACCCGAUCAAGACUGUAUCGACGCUAUCGCGGAGAACGAGGCUGUCAUUGCGCGCAUGCAAGAGCGCAUCGAGCUGAUACGCACGGAGGUCGAGAGCCGCGGGCUCAGCUGGCGCGAGCUUCAAGGGAAGGCUGAUGAGGAGGACGCCACUCCUGCCGCCGCCGCUAGUGCCAAUGCAGCGACUACUAGUACCUUGACAAACGGAGUGAACGGCCAUGGAGCAACCGGAGAGUCUCAACACCCUGCUUGGCGAGAUGGAACCUUCCAAACAGGAACACUAAGCCAACUCAGCGAUGAAGAACGAGAACUUCUACGGCAGCUCCAAAGUCGGAUGCCGCCUGAAGAUGACGAAGACCCCGAGGGUGGUAUGCAUUUAUAAGUCAGAUUCUCGAUAUAUCCGACGUGCCUAGAAAGGACAUAUCCAAACCAUACCAUCAUUAGUUUCAUCAAAGCAUCAAUUAUGUCGGAGGCUGUACAAUAGGGAGGGAAAUAUGUGCAUUCCUUUAUAUAAGGAAUCAAAUGUACCUCAUACAUUAGGAGUAAACUGGAAGUUCUCCAUCAUAAUGAGACACACUAAACCCACGAUAUGGGAUUACAUCGGUGGCAUAAUCUAUGGGCAAUUAGCCACGCCGUUGCCUACCACACGGGACAAAACGAUCUCUUAAAACGCUUUGCAGCAACUUAAUAUACGUGUGAAUCACAUUUGUCGCCAACGUCUUGCACGAUUCCUCUCGAAAUCUCUUCCGCCAAUGUCGCCUAAGAUUAACCGAUUAUAUUAAUUUCCUGAAAUGUGUCUUGUCGAGAAGUGAGAGUUAUCUGGCACUAAAGC